AUGACAGCAGUGCAACCGAAUCAACUCGCCAGUGUCAUGAAUGGCGGCGGCGGCGGCGGUAGCUCAAGUCGAGCGAGCCACCAGUUGAAUGACAAGAUGAGACAUGGGUUCGACGACGCUUAUAAUUCCGAGAAAUUCCUAGAUCUGUUGGCCAACACUUUUUUCAUCUACUUCGAUGACAAACGACAAAGCACCAAUGGUAACCCCAUCACUCUGGAGAUGAAAUUAAGCCCCAAAUACUAUAGAAACUAUCAGCCGAUUUAUGACUGGAAAGUGAUGAAGGAACGACAAAAGACCAUAAGUGCCAUACUCAUUCUUUGUCUAAAUCUAGGUGUAGAUCCGCCAGAUGUCAUGAAAACUUACCCGUGUGCCAAACUCGAAGCCUGGAGCGAUCCAACCACCCACACGGAAACGAAAAAGGCGCUUGAAAACAUUGGUAAAAACUUGCAGAGCCAGUACGAGGCCUUGUCGCUUCGAACGAGGUAUAAACAAUCGCUAGAUCCAUGCGUGGAAGAUGUGAAAAGAUUCUGCAAUACCCUUCGAAGAAACGCCAAGGAUGAACGAAUUCUUUUCCACUAUAAUGGUCAUGGCGUGCCCCAGCCGACGGCUAGCGGUGAAAUAUGGGUUUUUAACCGAGGUUAUACCCAGUAUAUUCCGAUAUCCUUGUAUGAUUUGCAAACAUGGUUGGGUGCGCCCGUGAUAUUUGUUUAUGACUGCAAUAGUGCCGGAAACAUUGUUCACAAUUUCAAAAAAUUUGUUCAAAAGCGAAUAGAUGACGAUAAUGAGGGCAACCACGAUUCAAGUGCACCGUCGCCUACUUCAGCCUACCUCGAUUGUAUACAGUUGGCAGCAUGCAGAAGCAAUGAACUAUUACCAAUGAGCCCCGAUCUUCCUGCUGACUUGUUCACGUGCUGCUUGACGUGUCCCGUUGACAUUAGCAUCAAAUGGUUCAUCAUGCAAAGCUCUUUAAACAAGGAUUUCUAUGAUGCGCUUCCUCGAAAUCAUGUGGGAAACGUUAUCAUACCGGGCAAAUUGGCCGAUAGAAGAACACCAUUGGGCGAGUUGAACUGGAUAUUCACCGCCAUCACCGACACAAUUGCCUGGACAACAUUAUCCAGACCAAUAUUCAAGCGACUAUUCCGACAAGACUUGAUGGUUGCUGCAUUAUUUCGAAAUUUCCUCCUAGCAAAAAGAAUCAUGCCCCAGUUGAACUGCAACCCCAUUAGUGAUCCACCUUUACCGGAUUCAGUGAAAUUUCACCCAAUGUGGGACUCGUGGGAUUUGGCAAUCGACCAAGUUUUAAAUCAAACAUUGAAAGCGGCGCAAGGUGACAUUUUAUCACUGCAGCUGGCCAUGGCAAAUCAGCAACAGCUCCUCACUGACAGUGCACCAUCUGGUGGUGCCACUGGAGGUGCCACAACCAAUAAUACUAAUACUACUUUGGCACUUGCUGCUGGUGCACCACAAAAUGGUUCUACAAAUUCAGCCAAGUCCUCAUCGAUUGUGCCCAUCUCAACUCAAAGCUUGGGCAAUUACCAACACUCCACCUUUUUUGAGCAACAGCUAACGGCAUUUGAAAUUUGGUUGAAAUACGCGGGACCUUCGACAAAGGAACCACCAGAGCAAUUGCCAAUAGUCUUGCAAGUGCUCUUGUCACAAGUUCACCGGUUGAGGGCCUUGAUUCUUUUAUCAAAAUUUUUAGACUUGGGGCCCUGGGGAGUCUAUCUUUCUCUUUCAAUUGGCAUUUUCCCUUAUGUUUUGAAACUCUUGCAAAGCCCAGCCCAGGAAUUAAAGCCAGUUUUGAUUUUCAUCUGGGCAAGGAUCAUGGCAAUUGACUACAAGGGAACUCAGCAAGAGUUGUGCAAAGACAAAGGAUAUAAUUACUUUUACCUGAUCCUCAACACCACUGCCGGGAACCUGGUGGGAUCCAAUGGAAGUAUGAGCAUAAAUGGAGGCGGAGGAGGGGGCGGGGGAGGAAACUCGAGCUCUUUGCUUAUAAAUGAUGACCAUAAAGCCAUGAGUGCUUUUAUCUUGACCUUGUUUAUAAAAGAUUUCAAAAAUGGCCAAAGGCUCUGUUACUCAGCAGAAAUUGUCAGCAACUGCAUUAGAUUCAUCCUGACGAGUGAUAAACCAUUGCUACGCCAGUGGUGUUGCUUGCUCUUGUCGGAGUUGUGGAACAAGUACCCUGACGGGAAAUGGGUUGCUUACAAGGACGGCUAUGUGCAUGACUUGUGUGGGUUGAUCAAUGACCCCAUCCCAGAAGUGCGCACGUCAAUCGUGUUGGCUUUAACAACAUUUAUGACCGACCCGCCAGCACAACCUCAGUUUUCGCAGGGGCAGGGGCAGGGGCAGGGGCAGCCACAACAACAACAACAAGCAAACGGUACAGCAGCUUCAGAAUCCAAGAGAGACGAGAUGAGGCAGCAGGAUUUGAAGCUUGCCAAUGUCAUGUUGGGGUUGUUGGGAGAUGGCUCUGCUGUUGUCAGAAAAGAGUUGAUUUUUUUCAUCAACAAAUUCAUCAAGACCUACUCCAAAUUCUUUCUUAUUGUUGCUUAUAACCAGCUUGAAGAAGAAAUCGCGCUUAUCGAAGAACCCACCAGCCUCAACGAUGUUCGUAAAAGCUCGCCGGCGUAUGGGUCCAUCUUUAGCUCGAUCUGGAAGGCGUUGCUCAUUCUAUCUGAAGAUCCUCACUGUGAAGUCAAGCAGCUUUCAGAGAUUUUAAUCGACCACGUGAUGAUCAAAUUGAACGAGAGCGAGUUGGCUCCACUAGUUAAAGAAAUGCAGAAUUUCUUGCUCAGUAAAUCGACUACUAAUAUCAGCGAGAGUUUCAAGUCGGGCAAGCCGGUGGUUUUCAGUAAACCCUUAGCAGGUGAGAAACGACAGGCAUCUAGCCAAUCCGUUGCCAACAGAAAGAGCGAUUUGCUCAUUGAUGGCUCAUCAUUGACCACCAGAAGGGCCACAUCUGUUGCUGCUGGUCAAGUCGCCGACACUUCUGACGCAGAGUCCAUUACUUCCAAAUUGAAAAAUCUUUCCAUUUCCAAGCUAUUCAAGAGUUUCCAAAUUGGUGAUGAUGCAGAUAUCAAGAAAUUCACCAGGAUCUUGAAAUCUGGCCCUUUGCAGACCAGCUACGGUGCCGAGUACAAACCCAAGUCUUCUUUUUUCAAAGAACGGGAUUUGUCUGCUCUUUCUGUCUCUUUACCAGACAGUUCGGGCUUUUUCGAAUAUAGUUGUGAGUAUUUCCAGGAGCCUCAAAUGUCGAAAAACGAAGCAGACGAGCCGGGGUCACGUGAGUACAUCAAGAGCUUAUGGAGAAGAAACAGAAACGAGACGAUCAUACUGGAAACUCAACCACUUAAGGAGAUGGCGUUGCGGGGUGACUGGGACAAAGACGUCAAGACUUUGAACAACGUGUCGCAACCAAAAUGUAUCCGAUUCACCCAGUUUGAAAAAAUCCUUGUUGCUAGUGACGAAAAGGAUAAUUUGACCGUGUGGGACUGGGAGAGCUGCCAAGUUGUCAAGAAAUUUUCAAACGGCAAUCCAUUUGGUACCAAGAUUACCGACAUUAAGUUUUUGAACGAGGACGACCAUCCGCUUUUGUUGACGGGCUCAUCCGAUGGAGUCAUAAAAAUCUACAAGAACUUCCAAACUCCGGAGUAUUCUGAGACAACGAAUGAGCUGGAUUAUGUGGGUGCUGGUGUUGGCGCUUGCCUUGACGAUUAUUCAGAAGAAGGCCACGAGUCGAAAAAGAUGGAGUUGGUCACGGGGUGGCGCGCAUUGACGGACUUGUUGCUCACCUCCAAGAGUUCAGGGUUGAUAUCCGAAUGGCAGCAAUCGACAGGCUCGUUGCUUGUUAGUGGAGAUGUCAAAGUGAUUCGAGUCUGGAGCGCCCCGCGUGAAUUGUGCUUGGUGGAUAUCCCGGCACGGUCAUCGUCUUCAAUCACCUCAUUAACGUCGGAUCAAGUUGCCGGCAACAUUUUCAUUGCUGGAUUCGAUGAUGGAAGCAUUCGGGUUUACGACCGAAGGCUAGACGCUAGAGAGUCGCUUGUCAAGCUCUGGAAACUGCCGAGACUAGGCGUUGGACAACAGCAGGAGAAAUCCAUCGGGCACGGCUCGAUUCGCAACGUGCACAUGCAGCGAGGCGGAUGGAGAGAAUUGGUCAGCGGCUCUUCCGACGGGUACGUCAACUUAUGGGAUAUAAGAUUGAACGACCCCGUCAUAACAUUCACUACACCAGACAGACAGAUUCGAUGCCUUGAUGUUCACGAGCAUGCACCUGUCUUGACGACGGGCUCCAAGUCGGUCGACAUUUGGUCAACCGCGGGCGACGAGUUGACAAAUUUGAGAAACGCUGGUCUCGACAGUAACUAUUUGCCCACGCCGACUCGCAGCAUGAACUACGUCUCAAGCACGACAUUCCACCCUCAUAGAUUGAUGCUUGCUACGAAUUACACCCAAGACUCAAACAUUAGUAUAUAUAACUGUACCGAUGUGGUUGUAGAAUACUAG